GCAUGUGCGUGCUUGCUCCCCUCCUCGCAGCGUUGCGCUUUGUCCAUGCCUUGCUCUUCCCACAAAUGUCUGGCGUUUGCGAAAGACGGCAAUCGAAAUAGCUCUCUGGGUUUUAUUUGGUGUUGAAGGAAACAUUUGGUGGUAGAGGAAGAGGAGGAGGAGGAGGAGGAGGAGGAGAACUAGGAGGAAGCGAGGUGCAGAGGAAUAAGAGUCGUUGACUGUAUUGCAAGUAGGUUGGAGAAGUAAUGGCGGAAUCGAGGAAGGAGAGGAGUUAGUAGAUGGGUGGCGAUGGCACUCGGUUUGUUUGAUUGGAGAGCAGCGGUGUUUUCUAGAAUUGAAGGGAGUUGGUUCGAGAGCUGGAGGAAGGUGGGUGAUGAUUUUACGCGAGGGUUGGGUUAUGAAGAGGAUCAGGCGCGGGGAACUCUGUGGCUGUUGUGCUUGGCGGCGGAUUCUUGGAGGGGUUUCCUCACUGGUCGUUGAUUGUGAGGGGAUCCAGCUCUUUAAUUGCGUGAUCACAAAUAAGUGGCUGCGAACCAAGAUCGAAGCACAAUGGGAAAGGGCGGGGGGAGUGGCGGAGAUUAUGAAGCAUGCACAGUUUGCACUCGUGUAUGUCAAACCACUCACGGCAAAGGACUUCCACACUCUGUGCCGAGAUUCCUGAAAACAAUACCUGAAUAUUCUACGCCGUCCAACAAAAACUGUAACCUGCAAAUACCUGCUGCAUAUGUCAGAGAGCACAUGGGCAUGAGUAUUGAAGAGACUUACAUCCUGGAGGAUGUCACAGGGUCCGAAUGGGUGGUGAUUUCUAGCAGUGCAACGUUGAAAAAUGGCUGGAAGGCAUUUGCAGUUGAUUAUCAGUUGGAGAAGGGAGAUCAGAUUAUGUUUGGCCUCGUUGCGCCAAAGCGCUUUUAUGUGAGCGUGUUUGACAAAUCCGGCAUGGAGAAAGUUAGCACCCGGCAACAUCUGAACAGUAUGGGUUCAACGGGUACUGCGAUGGAUAAGGAAAGUGAACUGGCGCCUCAAGUUUCAAAACCCAUGAGUGGAGGUGCAGAGGAUCCAUGUACUCCCAUGAACUUGGCACAUUCCAAAGGAGCCACUCGUAGGGCAAGAUCAAAUGAUACUUCUCAGCAUAAUUCUCAGUUGCUGGUAUCCAACGAUGUCGGCGCACUUCCGUCUCGGAAUGCCUCCGAUCAAAACGGGAAUCAGAAAGGAAUCUUGUGCAAUGGGGUAUCUAUUAAUAGCCAUCUCCCUAACGAACCAGUGGACCGUCACGUGACGGAAGGUAUUGUAAUGAAUGAAUCGUCUGACGAAUCAGAAGACUCGGUACAAAUGCUCCUGGCGAAGGCUGUCCUCGCAAAGGCGAAACAAAGGAAACUGAAUAAGCGGAAAAUGAGCUGCCACAAUACCCGUCAAGCGAAGAUGGCACUAGAGGCAAUCAGCCCUGAAUGUGUAUUCAAGAAUGAGAUGUCUCAGAGCUUCGAGGAUAAAAUAAGGGCAAUGAAAUCGAAGUGUAGGAAUGCGGAAAUUGUAAGUAACAGUUUAGCGAGGUUGAGCAGUGAUAAUGUAACUAGCAGCCUUAGGGAUGAUUUUGCCACAUCACAUGAUGGCAUUGAGGCUGACUUGGCUAUACGUGAGGAGCCUCUUGAGGAUGGUAGAGUUUUGAUGAAUGGGAGUAGUCGCCAUCAAGUUGGAGUGUCCAAAGCUGGUGUUGAUCUCAGAAGAGAUGAACCCCAUAAUCAUCACGAUAGGGUUAAUGGCCUACCAGAUGAAGUAAUGAAGGAGAUCCCUCUUCCAGGUCACAAACAAAAUGAUGUCAUGACUCAAAUGACAACUCCUAGAGUGGCGACUGCGCAGGAUCCCAUUUUAAAUGGGGUUCAGGGUGAGGAGGCAGAACGUAGCGAUCAAUUCAGCCCUGUUUUUGAACCAGCCUUGGUAAAGUCGGAACCUGGUGUAAGCUUUGUGGAAGAUUUGGGGCCUGCAAUGGUAGCUGCUGGGGCACACGUGCAUGAGAACAAAAUAUGUGCAAACUGUGGUCUUCCUACUGACGCAGAGAACCUCAAAUCUGAAUUUGUUACGCCAGAAGUCUCAGAGAUUCCGAAGGACAACAACCUCAUACUUGACGCUGUCACGUCAGAAGAGCCAGAGUCUACACAUGCCAAAGGUCCAAAUUCGAGCGCUCCAAUUCCUUUCUCAGGAGAUGACAGUACAACAGAGUACCAGAAGCGGUGGGCGCACGAAGCUGCAAAAUCCUUUUCGGCCAACAUGAAAAAUCCAAGUGCGAUUAUAGUGAUGAGAAGUAGUUUUGUCAAGAAUACAUACGCAUGUUUCGUGACAGUCAAAUGUGCAGGAUUACUUCCGACUAAACCUGCAGAACUGUCCCUGGUGGAUACCGACGGCUACGUGCGUAAAGCCAACUGGAGACCUGGGAAACGCUACAUGCUAGGUGCGGGCUGGAAAGACUUCGUUGAGACGCACAAUGUUCAAGAAAGUGAUGUCUGCGUCUUGGAGUUGAUUGACAGGUCUCAGGUAAACUGUAAACUUCUUGUCCACGUCUUUCGUGCCCGUGAGAUGGAGAGAGAGCACGAGCAAUCAAUCCCUGCUCCUGGAGCCACACCUGUAAUUGAAGCAUCUCCUCGGGCAAGGACUCACGCAGAAGGAAAGCGAGGUAGAGCAGCAAAUGGUCUUUUGUUGCCUGGCCUUUUACCAUCCACCCGCAAGCGCAGAAAAUCGAUUGCGAAAUCACUAAACAACGAAGUCGUGGAGAUAGGGCUUCCAGUACCUUCAACAUCGCCGGAUGAUGAAGUAGCGGAACCAGGUUUAACUUUUGAGCGAGGCAAGCCUACGAAACAAGGAUCGGCGACGAAGAGGGUGAGACGACACUCGAUGUCUACUCAUACACAAAUCAAGAAAGUUGCAAAAGAUGAAACGAGGUCAAGCCCCCGAGGUGCGGUGGUGGAGAAGCAGCAAGACUUGCUAGCAACACCAAGUCAGAAGUCUCAUAAACAUUACACAGUUAAAAAUCUAAUCGAUCGGCGGAGGGGAUUGCAGGGUGUAUUGUUUUUGGUUGAGCUUAAGGAAACAGUGAUACUCCAGGGUGGUAGCAAGAAGAAGCCAAAGAUGAGUGCAACGCAGGAUGGGAGAGGGCGAUGGUGGGUGCCGCAUCACCACUUCAAUCACGAUUUCAGCAGCUGUUAUAUUGAGUGACUGGACUGCGUAUUUGUGAAUAGAUGAUUGUCUUUUCAAAUUUCACAGCACGCAUAGCUUAUAACAGACUUGGGGUGAAGAAUCGUGACACUUGGUUACUUGAUAAGACAUUUUUCCAGCUCUCGGAGUUGCCUCCGCUCGCCUCUGAAAUGUAAGUUGAAUCCUUGGUAGGUUAUGUACCUUUCAGGAGUUUUUCUCAUUUGUUGUUUCA